AAUAUUUUUUUGAGCAAGAGAUACAUAAUGACGCGCCAAUUAAUUAGAGGUUGUAACUAAUAAUUUAGCUUUUAUAUAUUAUGGCAUGGGAUCCCGCAGGCCAAUGCAGCUUCUGGAAUGGCUGUGCACGAUGACUGCAAGUUGAGGUUCUUGGAGCUCAAAGCAAAAAGGAGCUAUCGCUUUAUUCUGUACAAGAUUGAGCAACAACAAAUUGUGAUUGAUAAGCUCGGGGAACCUAAUGAGAGUUAUGAGGAUUUCACCGCCAGUUUUCCUGCUGAUGAGUGUCGCUAUGCUGUCUAUGACUUCGAUUUCACUACUGAAGAGAACUGCCAGAAAAGCAAGAUUUUCUUCAUUGCAUGGUCACCGGAUACAUCAAAGGUGAGGAUGAAGAUGGUGUAUGCUAGUUCCAAGGACAGAUUCAAGAGAGAAUUGGACGGCAUUUCAUUUGAAUUGCAAGCAACAGAUCCAAGUGAGAUGAGCUUGGACAUAGUGAAGGGCGAGCCUGCUAAAGCGACCCCCUUUUUGCUCUCUAUCUCUUCCAAAUCUUUUUCAUGCUUUCCCUCACUGUUUCCUUUGGGGGCCACCACCAUUUUAUAGCCAUUAUACUUGGAUUU